AUGUCUCGAAAAAAGAGAGGCCAUCGAAACGUAAUCAACUCCAUUUUGGCAUACUUCCCAUCACUACAGUCUCGCUUAUAUGCCUUCCUUACCGCCAAACAUAUCGAACUUGUCAACAUCAACACCGUAAAAUCGUUGGAUCUUCAGCCAGCCGACAACGUGCUAGAAAUUGGAUUUGGACGUGGAGAUGCCAUAGAAAUUUGCUUACAACAUGCACGAAAAGGAAUUGUAUGUGGCAUAGAUAAGAGUGAUAUGAUGGUAUCAGUAGUCAAAGACCGAUUUGCUGCUCAAAUUCAAGCUGGACGUGUCGUAAUCCAUGAAGGCACUCCAGAAUCACAACUCCCAUCAUUCGAGGACCAAUACUUUGAUUCGUGCUUUGGCGUCUAUGUCUUUUGGUUUCUCGACGACCGUUUAGCUGCUCUGAAGGAAAUAGCUAGAGUGUUGAAAACCAAUGGCAGACUUAUGUUUGCUGUACGAUGCUACGGGAGUAACAUAUUUACACGAUCUGCUAGUGCAGAGCACGUAAAUCCGGAUUCUAUCAUGCGGGACUUUGAAGCGUGUGGAUUUGAUCGUGUGGAAUUUAGAUUCGAGGCAGGAUGGACGAUUAGUGAUACGAUGUACAUUACAGCAUACAAAGCGAUACUUACCUGGCAAGAGCUCAAAUCGAAUGUGGCUGGAACGCCAACUACUCUUCCGGCCUCGGCUCAAGAUUUUAAGGCUCAAAAGUUGCAAAAGAUGUCGGAAGACCAACCUUUCGACGAAGUACUUGCUCAAGAUCAUGCUCAGAUUCUCAACUACGGCAAGAGAUACUUUGCCCUGCCCAAAACUGACACUGACAGCAGACAGAACUUCCUCAACACCAUCAUUCGAGCAUUGGCAUCUCACUCCUUGGCAGAGGAGACAGUCGUCUAUCCCGCAAUUGAACAGAACCUCUCCAAUGGGACUAACAUCGCCACUCAGCUACGACAAGAGCAUCUCGAACUCAAGAAAGGCCUCGAAGCCAUUAACUCUAUGCAGCUGUCGGAUGCCAAUCUUGACCCCAUCUUGUCCAAGCUCUUGAAAGAGUUUGAAGCUCACAGUAAACUUGAAGAAGCAACCGAGUUUCCAGCAUUGAAACAGAAACUAUCCACUGCUCAAGCUAUUGAGUUGGGUCGCGAAUUCACCAAGGCAUGGACGAUGUGUUCCUCCCGCUUUGGAAAGACUUCUGCAAUGCUACCAACACCCAUCCUCUCAGAAACUCAAGCUUCUGCUCAAAACACCCAGGCUUCCCAGCAACUACAGCAAAUGUCUGGUGAAGAGCCCUUUGACCAAAUACUUGCUCGAGACCACGCUCAGAUUAUCAGCUAUUUCAAAAACUAUAUGGCUAUUGACAAGAUUGAUACUGAAAACAGACAACGACACAUUAACUCCAUCGUGCGAUCCUUGUCUGUUCAUUCUCUUGCUGAAGAAAUGAUCAUUUAUCCUGCAAUGGAAAAACACAUUCUUGGUGGAAAGACUAUUGCCAUUCAGCUUCGACAAGAACAUCUUGAUCUCAAGAAAGACCUUCAAGUAGUCGACUCAUUGCCCUUGUCAGAUGCCAAUCUCGAACCCCUCUUGUCCAAAAUCAUGAAGGACAAACUUGAAGAAUCGACUGAAUUCCCAGCCUUGAGACGUGAAAUCUCCUUGAUACAAGCUAUUGAGUUGGGUCGAGAAUUCAUGAAGGCGAAAUCCAAAGCUCCCACUCGUCCACAUCCCAAAGCACCUGAUGCUUCUGGCAUUAUGGGAAAAGCCACAUCUAUGGCUGCUGGACCAAUUGACAAAAUGAGGGAUGGCAGUCGGGACUUUGUUUGGGAUGUUUGA